CCCAAGAUCCGACCCUCAGUGGUUGGACCCGACAACGGUGGAGCCUGCGCAUCAUUUCCUUUCCCGAGGCGUUGCUUUCGGAGAACCUUUCUUGUAGUUCAUGUGCUUUCAAGUACGGUGGAUGGUGUUGCUGCUUAUCUGUUGCAAGUCUUUGGCCGCGUCGUUUCUCUUUGUUUUUCCUCCUUAAUCUUUCUAGCAUUGUGCAUCCUCGAAGUCUCGAUGGUCUUGAUAUUGUGUCACUACAGAGGCCGGGUGUAAUUUGGCAUCAUUUUGAUACGAAAAUAUUACUCCGAGGAGAAUGAGAAACCAAGAGGCGAUGGCGCUUGAAUCGGGAUCUGGCGACGCCCCGGGCGACUGCCCCGACCCCUGCCCCUCCGCCGCCCCGGCCCGCCGGCGAGCCCCCUGGCGUCGCCCCCGCUACCGCGCCCUCCGCCCUUCGCCCGCCGUCCCCUCCGGAGGCCUCGUCGCCACCCACGCCGGCUCGCUGGGCCGACCUCGCCGAGGAUGCGGAUCGGGCGGCUGGCCUCUCCAUCCAGCGCCGCGACUACGCCCUACCUCCUCCCCGUAGCCUCUCGGUGCUAACCAGCAUGGAUGGCGGCUCCGUCGCCAUCUCGCGGUCUCGCCGGAGUGCUCGGCCGCCAGUGGGACAAGGCCCGUCCUUGCGCAGGGGUGGGGGUCGCCGUCGCCACUCUUGGGGUGUGGCCGGCCGUUCCGACAUGGGCUCCGCCAGGUCGUUGUGGCGCUCCAACAGGAUUGGCCCUUCCACCCGUGCUCCAGCGCCGGCGUUGACCGCCGGCUCCCCCAUGCCGCUCCGGCCUGCCGUCGCCCAGCGCUCCCCCUUCCGUCCGUUCAUCGCGUCAUUCAGUUCAUCUAGCCUCCAAGUCCACACGUUCCGUUGGGCGCUGUUUCUCCCGCUGGUCCGGCUGACUCCUCCGGCACUUCCAGUGUGGGAAUGCUCGUCCUUCCGGUGACACCUCCGCGCUCCCCCACCUCGGACCCCGCCGACUGGGGUGAGGACCGGCUGCUGGUGUGUGCUCCGCCGACUGGGGUGAGGACCGGUGCGUCUCCUCCAGCCUCGCCUGGCCUGCCCGCCACCCCCACCUCCUUCCUGUCAGCCAUGGGGAGUGGGGUGGCCUCCGUCCUAUCUACACCUGUGGUUGCGCCUCCCCACCCGCCACGGACAGCUUCCUACUCCAGGCGUGGGCGCUCGACCUCGACUCCGGUGACGUCCUCAUGGCGUAGCGCCCGGAUCGUUGCUGCUCGGCCGGCUGGCAACCCUGCUCUGCCCAUCCCAGAGCGGGCGGAGCUUCGGGCCGCGGCCCGCAACCUUGAGCCAGCUCUGGCGGCCGCUUAGCCGCCGCCAGGACUAGGACGCCAUCAACAUCAUCAUUGCUGACCUUCGCGCGAUGGCUCUUCGCUUGGCGCCGCCGCUUCCUCCUCCACCACCUGAGCCGGAUUAGCUUCUUAGCUGCGGUGUAACAGCCUUUGUUUUCGUUUUCAGGGCUUGUUGAGCUGUGCCCUCAGCAGAACCCUCUUGUACUCUAUGUUGUGCGACUUUCUGUGUGUGUGUGGGUGAACCUCUGUGAUACUUUGUGGCUGUGGUGGUUUGCUUUAUUUAUAAAGUAGGGCGAAAACCUUUUUCGGUAAAAUAUUACUCUCUGUUGAACAAAAUGCAUGUGCUGGAACCGAUUCCUAGUUUCCUGGU